CCAUAUGUAUGUUUCACGUAAGCUAUCGCGCCAUUUUUUUACAACAUCAUUUUUCUAUUUUUUUCUCUUUCAUUCUUUUUUUUUUUUUUUUUUAACUUUUCUCUUCCAUUUCUCUCCGAAAUUGCAACCCCCUCUCACUUCACUCUUUUUAACUAACGGGUGAAUUUCUCUCUGAAUCUCCGCAGUUCUCUGUAAGAAAAAGGUAUCAUGUCUAAGAAGAAACCUGAUGGUAAGCCUCCGCUUGCUAAAUCACCUAUCCGGCUACGACCCUAUCGCGUCCUUCCAUCGAAGUCAACCUCCCUGCAAACCCCACCAAGUUCUUUAACGAAAUCCCAGAAACCUAUUCGUUCUUGGGCCAUGGAAGAAUCGGGGAUUCAACAUGAGUAUCGUUCCAUUUCUUGCAAGUUGCAGGCUUUGGCUAGGAUGGUUAGAGAUGAACUUGGAAAUAGGGAAAUAGAAAACGCUGGUCUUGGUGAGACUAGUCUCAUUGCUACCUGUAGUCCUAUGUUUGAGUGAGGCAGGUUUUACGAUGAAUACUCAACGAGGAGAAACGAGAGGCUUAAGAGAAAGAAAGGCUAAACAGGGAUGGUAUCCAAGAACAUCUUGGGGUUACAGUUGAAUCUUCGAAGAGAAGAGACUCCAAGAAGGUUGAGUCUUGAAAACUUGAGUAUUCAUCAAAAGCUUCAAGUCUCUCUCUCCCUCUCCCUCGAUCAAGCAAAAUCUCGAUCCAACAAGAACUUGCCUUAAAUUAAAAACCCUUUGAUUCCCCAAAAAAUUUCCGGAUCUACUUUUUUUUUUUGUUAUACGAGUAUGAUAGAAAAUAAAAAUUUUUUUGUCGAUCGGAAAGCAAAGCCCAG